AUGGUGGGGCCCGGGACGGUCGCGGCGGCGCUGCUCCCGGGGCUCCUGCUAGCCCUUCUGGGGCCCUGGGCGGGCCAAGGGGGCGCAGCUGCGCCCACCGCACCCAACGACACCCUGGAGGCCGAGCUGGAGCGCCGCUGGGAGAGCCUGGUGGCGCGCUCGCUGGCGCGCUUGCCGGUGGCCGCGCAGCCCCAGGAGGCGGUCGUCCAGAGCGGUGCCGGCGACUACCUGUUGGGCAUCAAAAGGCUGCGGCGGUUGUACUGCAACGUGGGCAUCGGCUUCCACCUCCAGGUGCUCCCCGACGGCCGCAUCGGCGGCGUGCACGCGGACACCGCCGACAGCCUCCUGGAACUCUCCCCGGUGGAGCGAGGGGUCGUGAGCAUCUUCGGAGUGGCCAGCCGGUUCUUCGUGGCCAUGAGCAGCAAGGGCAAGCUCUACGGCUCGCCUUUCUUCACCGAUGAGUGCAAGUUCAAGGAGACCCUCCUCCCCAACAACUACAACGCCUACGAGUCCCACAGCUACGCUGGCAUGUUUAUCGCCCUGAGUAAGAACGGGAGGACCAAGAAGGGAAACCGCGUGUCUCCCACCAUGAAGGUCACCCACUUUCUCCCCAGGCUGUGA